UCACGAGGCGCGCGCCCUGCAAGCAUAAUUAAUAACUAACCAAGUAAAAGAGGUCCAAGCUGCUUAUAAAAGCCUCCAGUGUGCUCUCGAAAGUCAACAUUCGCUUUCGUUAAAAUAGAUAGUACCUAAAUAGUAUUGGACAUUCGAUUUAAUUUCGCGUGGUAAACCUUCAGUGAGAAUCGGCAAAAUGUCUUCAGUAAUGUUCGAAUCUUUGGGAGACAAGGUUGCCAUGUUUAAUCAGCAUGCCGACAAGCAUUUGGAUGGGCAAAAGAAAAAUCCUUUCACUUCCGGUUUAAAUAUCGAGAAACCUAAAUUUUCGAAAGACGAAUAUGGCCGCCCGGCGGCCGGAUCUCUCUCAGAUAUUCGGGGACGCAAAGCUACAGCACAUAUUUCCCGUGAAAUUCAAGAGCUUUGCGAGAUCAUCAGUCAAAAUGGAACUCCUUGCAAGGAUAUGCCGGAAAUCAUUGGCAUCACUUUCGGUGACCUAUUCAACAUCUACACCCAUGUCAGUGAUAAGUGCGUCGGUCUUCUUCUCAGAGCCAGGAAGCAAAAGCUCGUAGAAUUUGAAGGGGAAUGCCUUUUCCAGAGGAGGGACGACAACGUACCGAUCUUCCUGACCAAACCAAUUGCCGAAAUCAGACAGAUCUUCAGGCAGCGAUUGGAAGAACUGGCGAAGGAGGGCCAGAGUUAAUCCCUAAUGAUGUGUAUAUAAUAUUGCUUAAUUAAGUAUCCAAUUUGUUGCCAUCCCUUGUGACAAAUAUUUAUCGUGACAAGAGACGACGGGGGCCUAUAUUAAUUUAUUGUACACCCCGGAUUAAAUGCGAGCACGACCAUUAGUUUUUACUUAAUCCGUAAUUUGUAUUAUGCGAGAAUGAAUGGCACGCGAAAGCGGAUUUGCUGUAAAUAUAAUGAAUGAAAUUUGUGUUAAUGUGAUA